UUGCAGUGGACGAUGCAAGUGGUAGAUACUCAAGUGGAUGGUUUUGGGGAAACAAUUACUGGAUUGGAUCCCAAAAUUUGUGUGAGCAUAUUAAUCCAAAAAAGCAGAUAAUCAUAAUUUCGCAAAAUCACUCCAGAUCAGCGAGAGCUGCCGAAGCGUCUUUAAAGCCACAAAGCCCUGGUUUAACGAUGGGGUAUAUACCAGGACCAGUAAUGUAUAUCAAUGGACCUCCCUUUCCAGUCUCUUUCUUCAAACUAAGAUUGCAUCUCAACUCUAGCUUUACUACAGAGGAAAGAAUUCUCCACAUCGGAUUAUGUUUGCCACAUGCUUGUUCUGCUAAUGAUGCUCAAAAAAUUAUGGAAGAGACGUCAUCAUCUGCUGCUAAUAUUACUGUAAAAGUGGAGCAAGUUAGAUCUGAACACAAUAGAUAUAAUUUCUGGACAGAUUCCACUUUCAUUGCCUUAGGGGUUACCACUGUUGCAGUUGUUUUCAUGCUGAUUAUGGGUACGGCGUUUGAUUACUAUUUGGAGCAUCUUAAAAAGUGUAAUAUGAAAGAUAAAAAUUUCUCUCACUUUAGUAAACAGCUUGACAUGGCUAUGCCAGAUUUAAAAGCAAAGAAUGGGCUUUAUGUGGUGAACAACAAUAACACUACAAAUUGUAGCAAUGAUGAUCACAGCCGUAGCAUAGAUAUUAAUAGUAGCAACCCUUCAAAACCGCGUGAACCUCUUAUGAGGUUUAUUUUUAAGGAACUGCUAUUAUCAUUCUCAGUUAGGAUAAACAUGAGCUAUAUAUGUGACCAAACUGUUGGAAGCGACACCAUAUCAGUAAUUCACGGUUUUAAAAGCCAUAAGUAUGGCUUGGGUUAUUUUAGGUCAUACAUGCAUUGUUAUUUUCAAAUACUCAGAUAAUAUGGAAUAUAGAAGAAUUGUACAGAAAGAGUUCCUCUUUCAAACAGUCACCAACGGAACAUUCAGCGUGGACACUUUUUUCUUUUGCAGUGGUCUUUUAGUCUCUUUUCUCUACUUUAGAACAAACGCUAAAGGAAAAUUAGAUUCCUUAAAUAAAGGUAACGGAUUCAUAGCAGGGAUACUACACUUCCUGGGAUUGGUGUCUUACAGGUUUGCUCGAUUGACAUUCCCCUAUUUAUUUACUCUUGGGGUAGUUGAAGUUAGUAUGAAAUGGUUUGCUUACAACUCAGUAUUUGAACCUCCCACCAAUGACCACAUAAACUGCCCAAAUUAUUGGUGGAGGAAUAUUCUUUACAUUAAUACACUAUUUCCAGUCGACCAAAUGUGUAUGCUAUGGAGUUGGUACCUUUCAGAUGACACACAAUUUUAUGUAGUUGGAGCUGUCAUAUUAAUUUUGGCCACAAGUCACUUCAAAAGUGCUGCAGCUUUGUUAAUCACGUUCAUGGUGAGUUCCUGGAUGACAACCGGCUAUAUAGCUUACAGCAAUAGCCACAUACCUGGCUCUGAUGAUCCUUUAGCGCUGUUCGACAAAAUUUACGACAAACCCUGGACACGAUUAGGACCAUAUUUGAUUGGAAUGUGUACUGGAUGGUUGCUGUUUAAAAAAAACUGCAAGAUUCAAAUGUCAAAGCUCGUUUUAAUCACCGGUUGGACUUUAUCUAUUGGAGUUUUAUUAUCCCUAGUUUAUGGUUUAUAUGAAACUAAAUUGAAUCCUUGGUUGGGAGCUACUUACAGUUCAUUAAGUCAUUCUGCAUGGGCUCUGUCAUUGGCUUGGAUUGUGGUCGCCUGUAUGACCGGAUAUGGAGGUGUGGUCGAUAAAAUCUUUCAGCUACCAUACUCUACCCGUUCAGUCGAGUAACCUACUGCGCCUACUUAGUCCAUCCCAUAGCGAUCAGAGCUAUGGUGAUGUGUAUGGAUGGACCUCUACAUCUCGGCAGUAUAAUCACCAUAAUCAUUUACCUCGGACAAAUGAUGCUCUCGUAUAUCCUAUCGUUCUUCGUCUCAGUUGCUUUUGAAGCGCCACUUGUCUCAAUGUUGAGGAUUAUUACCAAAGUUGUAACAAUGAGGAAGCCUUUACCUAUUAAUAGCAAUAACAACAAUAACAAUAAUAUGAACGUAGUGUCUCAAUAA